UGCAACUUGCUACAACAUCCGUACUUUGUCAACCAUGACGCCAGAGAAAGAACUAUCACCUACGAGGCUGAAAGAUGUGGACAGAGGACUCAGUCCGAGUAUAUCAAAAGGUUGUGAUACACAAUCCGGCGAAACCAAAGGGGACACGAAUGGGUACCUUCGAGUCUUUAUAUAUGCUGAUCGCAAAAGUUGGGUGCUGAAUGGUGUCGCAUUUGUUGCCGCUAUAGCGGCUGACGCACUACUUCCUCUCAUGGACCUUAUCUUCGGAAAAUUCGUUUCCACUUUCACUGGCUUCGCGACGGGCACUACCACGGCUGCACAAUACCGGUCUGAGAUCAAUAAAUACACCUUGUACUUUGUCUAUUUGUUCAUAGCCAAGUUUGGUUUUGUCUACAUACAUUCGGUUCUUAUCUCCAUUUCAGCAAUCCGGACUACCAAGGCUCUCCGAAUUGAUUUCAUCAAGAGCGUUCUACGGCAAAAUAUAGCUUAUUUUGAUUCAGACGCAGUCGCUUCUGUCACAACCCAGGCUACUACCAACGGUAACAACGUUAAUAACGGCAUCUCGGAGAAGCUUACUUUGACCAUUCAAGGUGUCUCGACCUUUGUCACUGCAUUCGUGGUCGCGUUUGCUGUGCAAUGGAAACUCACUCUGAUAACGAUCAGCAUUGUUCCGACUAUCCUCGUAGUCACCGGUGUCUGUGUGACCCUUGACAUGAAAGUCGAAUCACAAGUACUCACAAUUCAAUCGAAGGCUGGUCUCCUUGCCGAGGAAGUUUUCUCAACCAUACGUACAGUGCAUGCCUUCUGGCUGAACCCCUUACUUUCCCGUAAACACGACAAGCUUCUCGGCGAUUCGAUGGCCGUGGGUAUGAAAAAAAGUCCUAUCUAUGCAGUUUUGUUCUCGGUCGAGUUCUUCUGUGUCUACUCGGGCUAUGGGCUUGCAUUCUGGCAAGGUAUUCGAAUGUAUGCUAGGGGAGAAAUUCAACAGAGCGGUGAUGUUUUUACCGUUAUCCUAGCGGUCAUCGUUGCCGCAACUGCAAUGACUUCUAUCGCACCGCAGAUCAUCGCAUUGACGAAGGCCUCGUCGUCAGCCAAAGAGUUGUUCAAGACAAUUGAUCGCCAGUCCGAAAUUGAUCCGUUUAGUGACGAGGGAAAGGUGCCGACCACAUGCCAUGGGAACAUCGAGAUUGAAGAUGUCACUUUUGCCUAUCCCGCUAGGCCUGAUAUUGCCGUUUUGAAGGGGUUGACUCUAUCAGCUCCUGCCAACAAGACCACAGCUUUGGUUGGGGCGAGUGGUUCUGGGAAAUCUACCAUCAUUGGCUUGCUAGAACGCUGGUACGAUCAGCCUAGUGGAGCCAUUUAUCUUGACGGAACCAACAUACACGAGUUGAAUAUCACUUGGCUCAGGACGAACAUUCGGCUAGUGCAGCAAGAGCCGGUCUUGUUUUCUGGCACCGUUUAUGAAAAUGUUGCGUUUGGCCUUUUCGGAACCGACAAGGCGAAACUUUCAGAACAGGAACAACGUGUUCUCGUGAAGAAGGCAUGCAGAGAUGCGUACGCUGAGGAAUUCAUUGAACAACUGCCAAAGGGCUACGACACUCCACUGGGUGAACGGGCGAUGAAUUUGUCCGGAGGACAAAAACAGAGACCGGCCAUCGCGCGAAGUAUUGUGUCAGAACCGACGGUCUUGCUUCUUGACGAGGCAACAAGCGCCUUAGAUCCCAAAGCCGAGAAGAUUGUGCAGCAGGCCCUUGACCGCGUCUCAAAGGAUCGUACCACACUCGUCAUCGCACACAAACUGUCAACGAUUCGAAAUGCAGAUAAUAUUGCCGUGAUAGCGGACGGAGUCGUAGUUGAACAAGGAACGCAUGAUGAACUGAUUGGAUGCGACAGUGCCUACGCCCGUCUCGUAAGGGCCCAGGAUCUUGGUCAAACUGGAAGCAAAGACGAUGUGGUAGACAAAGAAGAUACCGAUAGAUUAUCUCUUGUCCGCACGCAAACACAAGCGUCCGCUCGCGGAAGCCCUCAGAAGUCAGCAAGAGAAAGCGUUAAUUACAAUCUGAUAAAAUGCAUCUACAUCGUUUUGAUGGAGCAAGGCAAUCUAUGGAGAUGGUUUCUCCUGUUGCUGGUAGCCACACUUGCAGGAGGUGCAACGUUUCCGGCUCAGGCUAUUCUCUUCGCUCGAAUUGUAGAAGCGUUCACGCUCCCUCCUGAUCAAGGUGUGGAUCAGGGCGAUUUUUAUUCUCUAAUGUUUUUUAUCGUCGCCAUCGGGAAUCUGAUAGUCUAUGCGGUCGUUGGAUGGGCUAGUAACAUCGUGGCGCAGAAUGUCUCGAGAAAGUACCGUAAGGAAAUCUUUGAACUUAUACUUAAGCAAGAUAUGACCUUCUUUGACGACGAAGCCAAUGCGAGCGGAGCACUAGCAUCCAAUCUUUCCAGCUACCCCGCAAAUUUGUUGGAGCUCCUAGGCUUCAAUAUCAUGCUCAUCUUCAUCAACGUUUUCAACAUAUUGUCGAGCUCUAUCUUGGCGAUCGUAGUCGGCUGGAAGCUCGGCUUGGUAGUAGUAUUCGGAGCCCUGCCAGCAAUCGUGUUCGCGGGCUACCUUCGGAUUCGCUUGGAGUUCAAGCUCGCGGAAGACACAGGCAAACGUUUCGCAAGCAGCACUGCACUUGCGUCCGAAGCGGUAUCGGCGAUCAGAACUGUUUCUAGUCUUGCUCUUGAAAGAUACAUCCUCGAUAGGUAUCGUAACCGUCUCCAAGGCGUUGCACAAAGCUCGAUCAAAGCCUUGGUCUGGACUAUGUUCUGGUAUUCGCUCUCGCAAUCAAUUUCUUUCCUUGCGAUGGCCCUGGGUUUCUGGUAUGGUGGUCGACUGAUCAGCUAUGGAGAGUAUACUACAACGCAAUUCUUCACCGUGUUUAUCGGGGUCAUAUUCUCUGGAGAGGCAGCAGCUCAAUUCUUUUCGUAUACAACCAGUAUGACCAAAUCGGCUACCGCUGCAAAUUACAUCUUCGGGCUACGCAGACUCAAAGCCGCUGUCCAAGAGGACCCUUCAAAGCCUCCUGACAACGAUGAUCACAACGAUGAACCAGCACAUAUCGAGGUACAAGAUGUUGCGUUCGCGUAUGAAUCCAGACCACAUGCAAGAGUCUUGGAAGGCAUCAAUGUAGACGUCCGCCCUGGGCAAUUCAUAGCCUUUGUAGGCGCCAGCGGCUGCGGAAAGUCAACCAUGAUUUCGCUCCUUGAACGAUUCUACGAUCCCGUAUCUGGACGUAUAGCCUGCGAUGGCUACGACGUGAAGGAUCUCUGUCCUCGGAAAUACCGUAGAGGGGUCUCGCUCGUUCAGCAAGAGCCUGUCCUAUAUCAAGGCUCGAUCCGUGACAACAUCGCCAUGGGUGUCGAGCACGAUGUGACAGAUGCUCAAAUCCAGGUUGCGGCUAGAAACUCGAAUAUUCAUGACUUUUUAGCUUCGCUCCCGGAAGGAUUUUCAACGAUGUGCGGCAGUCGAGGUACGCAAUUGUCUGGCGGCCAACGCCAACGUAUCGCCAUCGCUCGGGCACUCAUACGUGAGCCUCGAUUGCUUCUUCUCGACGAAGCUUCAUCCGCACUUGAUACGGAGUCUGAAAGAGUGGUACAGGCAGCACUCGAAGUUGCGAAGAGUGGGCGCACAACUAUUGCAGUUGCUCACCGACUAAGUACGAUCAAGGAAGCAGACAUGAUCAUUGUGUUUGCCAAAGGACGAAUAGCCGAACGAGGAACACACAAAGACCUUCUUGCGAAAAGGGGUGUUUACUAUGAAAUGUGCUUGGGACAGAGUCUGGAUCGAAGUAUACCAGCCUAAGCACGAGCGAGUUCUUCCAGCCAUGGGCAUGUACUAUCACUGUUUUUAUGUAAUACCA